AUGGCUCCUCCAGCAGUAUCAGCACUUUCUGUGCCACAGAUUGAUGUCCCGCCUAGAGCUCAGGCGCUCAAAACCCACUUGGAAACCGUCAGUGUCGACUGUCCAAGCCUGGGUAGCAAAGCCCUGGCUAAUUGGUUGAUGGAGGAAGGCAAGACCUUCUUCAGCCUUUGCCAAGCAGCAUGGGCCUUGACUCUUCGAAGCUAUACUGGCUCUGAGGAUCCCAAAUCAAUUGCUGUAUCUGCUUGGGAUGGGGAUCUUACGUACCAAGAACUCGACCGCCUUGCGACAGGUCUCGCCAUAUGGAUCCAACACCUUGGUAUCGUCGGCCCUGAAGUCUUCGUCCCUCUUGUUUUUGAAAAGUCCAGAUGGGCAGUUGUUGCUCAACUGGCUGUUCUGAAGGCUGGUGGUGCCUAUUUUUUCAUCAACCCGUCUCAUCCCUUGCAGUAUAGUCAGACUCUGAGCUCGCCAUUGCAUCCACUCGUGGCAGUGUGCUCAUCGGCGCAUAGUCAUAUUGCCAAGGAACUCGCUUGUCAAGCUAUUGUGAUUGGCGAUGGGGUCCGUGAACUGUUGGAGUCUAUACCUCUAGACAAUGAGCCAGGAUCGCCAACCGUCAGCGUCAGCACAUCGAAUGCUAUGUACGUCACGUUUACUUCGGGAACAACAGGUAAACCGAAGGGCAUCACUACGGAACACGCUGCAUUUUACUGCAUGGCUAUGGCCAAUGCCAAAGCCCUCAAGAUUGAUACUACGACAAAGAUGCUGCAGUUCGCGUCAUAUUCUUUCGAUGUCAGCAACCGCGAUACUCUUGUUACCCUGAUGUUUGGUGGCUGCGUCUGCAUUCCAUCUGAGGAUGAUCGAUUGAACGACCUCUCUGGGUUCAUGAAGCAGCAUCAGGUCACCCUUGCUAGCCUUACCCCCUCUAUGGCUAGUACUCUCAGUCCCUCUUCAUGUCCUACGCUACGAGGAUUGGUACUUGGAGGAGAGCCAAUGACGGAAAGCCACGUCCUGACAUGGGCAAAACACGUCAAGCUUUUCAAUGCUUAUGGAGUGAGUGAAAGCACUGGUAUCGCAGCACUAGCAUCAGAACUCAAACCAGGCUUCUCAGCAAGCAACAUCGGCUAUGGAUGUGGCUCCAAAUUAUGGGUUGUCGCUGUCGAUCAGCCCGACAAGUUAGCUCCCAUCGGUGCUCUGGGUGAACUAGUCAUCGAGGGCCCGUCUGUCUCUCGCGGUUACCUCGGCGAUCAGGACCGGACGGACAAAUAUUUCACUUCACAGCCAGCAUGGAAGAGAAGGAUUCAUGAGCAAUACGGCCAUCAUCAGUCUGGCAAGCCAACUUUCCGUACAGGCGACCUGGUGCGAUACAAUCUUGAUGGGUCAUUGCAGCUGGCAGGAAGGCGGGAUCAUCAAGUCAAAGUCAACGGACAAAGACUUGAACUCAGCGCACUCGAACACCACAUCUCAGCAUGUCCACAAGUAUCGAAAACAGGUUUCUCUUAUGUUAUUGCCGUUGCUGUCAAGGCAGGGAACAAUGGCUCCAACAAGCUUGUUGGCUUUCUGGGACGCGAUACGUCCAGGGAAACAUUCACCCCGUCUCAACUGUUACUGGAGCAGCUGGAGGGUAUCGAUGACUUGAAAUUAGACCUUCAAGGAUACCUGCUUAAUAACCUACCAGCAUAUAUGGUCCCGUCCAACUUUGUCCUCCUUCAGAAUAUGCCACUCACAACUUCCAACAAACUCGAUCGACUUCUCCUACAGGAUACGGCGGCUCAAGCCCUAUCCGUCAUUCAGACUCGUUUCAUCAAUCAAGACUUGGCUGCUGGAGAAAGGCCUUCUACUACCAAUGAGAAGGUCCUUGCCAGGACUUGGGGACGAAUUCUGGGCAUCAAUGACUCGACAAUCUCUCGCAAUGACUGCUUUUUCCGAAAAGGCGGUGACUCAAUGGCCACUAUUUUACUCGCUGCCACCCUCCGACAAGAGGGCUUCAGUGUUCCGGUAUCUGAUAUCUUCAAGACAUCCGUCUUAUCAGAGAUGGCGCUAGUCAUGGUUGAAAUAACCCUGAGCUCUACUUUGGAGACACUAGCCCCGCUUUCACUGCUUGUCAAUUCGGAGAAAACUAUUGAUUCUAUUGCAAGGGCAACUGGUCUUUUAAUUGACGAGAUCGAGGAUGUAUACCCUUGUACGCACAUGCAGCAAGGAUUAAUAGCAUUGACUGCGCAAGACCCGCAGGCGUACAUUGGUAGUUACAUCUGGAACCUCGUUCCGGGACUGGAUGUCAGCAAGGUAACAUCUGCUUUGGAAGAAGUUUGGUAUCAUAACCCCAUUCUUCGAACCCGGGUGGUGCAAACAACAGAAGGCCUCUACCAGGUCGUUAUAAAAGCUGGACUGCCGUUGGAGCUUGUCUCCUCGGUCACAGGUUUCUCAGCCAUUAUUGACAUCAAUCAUGGUCCUCUAGCCAGAUUCUAUCUGAACGACGAGUCGUUCCGUCUGGAUAUCCACCACUCCUUGUUUGAUGAAUGGUCUCUGGCCCUGACUCUGUCUCAAGUGGAGCGUUCGUAUAAAGGAGGAGCACUCGACAUGAAGCCAUUCAACCCCUUCGUUCGUCAUCUACUCCAUCAGGACACUGCGAUGACUGAGUCAUUCUGGCGACAACUGUUCUCUGGCUUUGAGGCUAAUCGUUUCCCUGUCACAGCCUCGAAGUCUGUAAACACUGCUAAAACCGUUGUGCUCCAACACGAGGUCCUUCUUGAUGAAGGCAGGUCCACCAAGUAUACACUUGCUACCAUCGUCCGCCUUGCGUGGGCGAUUGUCCUGUGGCGCCAGACAGGCUCUGAUGAUGUUGUUUUUGGUGCCACCGUGAGCGGUCGUAAUGCCAAUCUUGACGGCAUCGAUCAGAUCAGUGGGCCUACAGUGGCCACUUUACCUGUUCGCAUAAAAUUGCAAAUUGAGACAUCUGUCAACAGGAGUCUUGCACAGGUCCAGAGUGAGUUCAUUGAGAUGAUUCCAUACGAGCAGACUGGGUUGUCACGAAUCCGACAGUUUGGAGAGCAAGCUGCCGAAGCGUGUAACUUCCAGAAUCUACUCAUUGUGCAGCCACAAGAGCAGAAGAAGGAUUCUUCAUUAUUCCAGUCCUCAACGUAUGACAAUGCCAAAGCAUUUGCGAGCUAUCCCCUCGCCUUGACUUGCCGGCCAGAAAAGGGCCGAGUGAAAUUUACAGCGGCAUUUGACUCUGACUUAAUUACUCAGGAGGCUGGAGAGAGUCUUCUCAGGCAGUUAGCCCAUGUUAUGCGACAGAUCACAGCGUUAGGGUCUAUUGCCGUCAAGGACAUCAGUACGGCACCUCUACAAGAUAUAGAAACGCUACGAGAUUGGAAUGGUGUUCUUCCCACAUCUGAUAGUACUUGCAUUCACGACAGAAUCCGGCAGCUAUCUACGACCCAACCGAACGCACUUGCAGUCCACUCCAAGGAUCUGGACUUGAAAUACCAACAAGUGGAGAACUAUUCCAAUCACUUUGCUCUCCAUCUCACCUCCAAAGGCGUCAAGCCAGGGGACUUUGUGCCAUUCUUAGCAGAGAGAUCACCUUGGGUGCCAGUGGUUAUGUUGGCAAUUCUCAAGACAGGUGCAGCUUUUGUCCUUCUCGACCUUUUGCAUCCCAUCAAGAGACUACGAACCAUGUGUUCUAUGGCCGACGCUAAGAUUCUUGUUACUUUCGACCAGACUAGGCAUAUCGGCGAGAACCUUUCACUUCCCCUCUCGAUCUUUGACCCCAGGGGAUAUAUAGAAGGAUACAACAGAGGAUCUAAGCUUUCCUUGCCAACUGUCUCUCUGGAAUUAGACUCUCCCGCCUGCGUUGUCUUCAGCUCUGGAAGUACGGGUAUCCCCAAGGGCAUUGUGCUUUCUCACGGUGCCAUUACUACAAGCGCGACCGUCAUGCGACAGCAUGGCAAUCUCACUCAAAACAGCCGCGUUUUCCAUUUUGCCUCAUUCGCGUUCGACAUCAGCAUUGGCGAGAUCCUGUUUACACUUGCUGCUGGAGCCUGUCUCUGCGUACCGAGAGAAGGAGAACGACAAGGGAGCCCAGCAAAGGCAGCAGGAGAUCUCAAAGCGACUUGGGCGCUCUUAACUCCGUCAGUCAUCAACCUCUUUGAUCCAUCAGAUGUGCCGACCAUAGAGACUUUGGGCUCAUGUGGUGAGCCUCUUACUUCACAGAUCGUGGAUAUCUGGGCGCACAGAGUGAAACUCUUCGCCAUGUAUGCACCUGCAGAAUGUACAGUCAUUUCUCACAUUGGUCGCAUUUUACCUGAUAGCCAAGCGUCUGAUAUUGGUCGCAGCUUUAGAGCUGCAUCUUGGGUAGUCAACCCUACAGACCACGAUAGGCUCGUCCCGAUCGGUACAAUCGGAGAACUAGUCGUUGAAGGACCUAUCGUCUCAACGGGAUACCUCAAGGACCGGAAAAGGACAGAUCAGGUCUUUAUCAGUAACCCCUCCUGGCUCUCAGAGAUUCGUUCGAGCUGUGGAAGGAUGUACAAGACGGGGGAUCUUGUCAGGCAGACAUCUGAUGGUCACCUCCAGUUCAUUGGUAGAAAGGAUGACCAAGUGAAGCUUCACGGUCAGAGACUUGAGGUCGGUGAGGUUGAACAUUGCUUGACCUCUGUUUGCAAGAACAUUAAGGCCGCAGCAGUUGAAUGUGUCAAGAUCCCGGGUCAGAAACAUCGCUCUGCAUUAGUAGCCUUCCUGGCUUCCCAUAGAAGACAGGAUUGGGAACAGACUUCAUGCGACAAAGCAUCUAUUGCUGGAGGGCUCGAGCUAAUUGUUUCACCAAACCAGCAAUUCUACUUCACCAUUGAGAUGCUAAACAAUUCUUUACGCGAACUCCUGCCAUCUUUUAUGGUCCCAUCUUACUUUAUUCCCCUCAUUGACGUCCCUCUUAGCCUGUCAGGGAAGGUCAAUCGACGUCUCCUUCGCGACAACUUUGCAAGAAACAUAUCGAAGAUUCUCGACCGAUACCGAUUGAGGACCAGCGCCACAGGCACGGAAGACGUCCCCAGAACUGCACAUGAUCGGGAAGUUCAAGAAGUUGUUGCGAAAGCUCUCAGUUUAAAUACCGAAUCGGUCUCAAUGAACAGCAACUUCUUCAAUCUAGGAGGUGACUCAAUAUCAGCAAUGGCGGCAUCCACACUUGCCAAACGUCGCGGUAUUGAUCUGACAGUUGCCACUAUAUUUUCACAUCAGGUCUUGUCUAAAAUUGCCUUGGCUUGCGCCCCAGUAACUCAAGGGGUAUCAAACACUCUGGAUCACGAUUCUGAAAGCAAGAAGCAGCUAAGAAGCGGUUCCACCAGCGGCCGAAUUCCUCUCGAUGAACUCCCAAGCCACAUACCACAAGAGGUAGUGGGCAAUGUCAUCGAGGCCAGCCCUGCGACCGAGUUCCAGGUGAUGACACUUUACAACUUCUACAGUCGCUACCUAUGGAUCUCGCUGCCUGAGGGAGUCGAUCAAGAUCGUCUGGAGGCUGCUUGCCACGCCCUUGUUCAGAAGCAUUCCAUCUUGCGCACGGCCUUCUGUACAAGUGGAGACAAGUCCAUCAUCCAGUUGACUAUGCGAGAAAUGCCAGUCAGGUUGUUGCGUUACUCAGAGGUUGAAAACCUGGAGAAGCACUGUGCACAUGACUCCCUCGCUAUGGAUGUACCUGUUGACGGUAAGCCUGGGUUGCAGAUUCAGCUCUUGAAGUUGAGAGACUCCAGGCUGUUCCUAGCACUGAGAAUGCCUCAUGCCUUAUUUGAUGGGAUGUCUUUGAAUACCAUCUGCGAGGAUCUGAGUUCUGCAUAUACCGGACAAGAGAUGUCGCCGUGUGCUCAGUUUUCAGACCACACAAGACAUAUCUGGGAGAAGAGAACCCCCGAGACCUAUCAAGUAUGGAGAGAUGUGCUAGAGGAUACUGCAGUUACUGUCAUGAGUAGAGACCUCCUUCCUUUGUCGGCGAGAGACACUUUAGUAAGCGACAGGGAAAAGCCUCAAGGAGUGACUGCAACGUUGGAGACUGGACCAACCUCCCCACCUCCGACUUCAACCAUGGCAACAUUGGUGAAACUAGCAUGGGCUAUCACACUAUCCAAACUCUUCGCACCUGACAGCAGCGAAGGUAGACUUGGUGAUGUUGUUUUUGGCCAGGUCGUUCAUGGCCGCGGCCUUGGAAUAUUGCAUGAAGAUCGCAUCGUCGGUCCAUGCCUUAACAUCAUCCCGGUACGAGUGCACUUCCCUCGGUCGCCCAACAGAGAAGCUUUACUCUCUCAAGUCCAACAGCAGCAUAUCCAGACGAUGCCGGUACAAAAUCUUGGACUUGGAGAUAUCACUCGCAACUGUACUUCCUGGGAUUCUGGGACCAAGUUUGGUAGCUUUAAGUUUCGUGUCGCCAUCCUCCAGAACUUCAUACUUGAGGAGACUGGUGGUAAACCUAUGAUAGACAGAAUUAUACAACUCGUCCGCCAGUCGAAGCCUGAUGCCGGAAUUACUGUUUACGCUGCAAUCCAAGGCGAUGGACUCCCAGACAUGGAAAGUCAGGACUUAAUCAUCUUGACCGGAGGCCCUUUCAACCUUUUGGAGAACGACAGGCCCAAAUGGGUGGGCGAAACACUGAGGUACAUCAAGACAGCUACAACGAACCGAUCAAGCCCUAAGAUCUUGGGGAUUUGCUGGGGCCAGCAGGCGAUUGCUUUAGCGCUGGGAGGUGCCCUGGACAAGUCACCUAGGGGGCAAUGUGCUGGCGUCGAAAAAAUCCCAAUAUUACCACAAGGAACCGCGUUGUUCAAGACUAAUUCACUGAAUAUCCAUAAGAACCAUGAAAUUGUAGUAACCGAUAUUGGGCCCCACCUCUCUCCCUUGGCUCACAAUCAUGAGAUCUUGAUGUCAAAAACUGGUCAGGUCCUUACCUUCCAGGGGCACCCAGAAAUGGAUUUUUCAUUGUCUAAGAUGUUUCUGACUCUGGAAAGCUCAGCCAGGUUAAGCAGAAACCUGGACCAUGGUCUCAAGUCUAUUGACUCGCCUCACGACGGUGAAUUUAUUUUCAAAAAGGUUAUGCAAUGGGCUUCUGGAGACUUGAACCUGUAG